GCGCAAACAUCGAUAAAGAGGCGAGGAGGACUAGAAACAAAGCCACCUGCCGGCGGAGGGAGGAGCUAGCGAUGGCGGAGCUCGCAUCGGGCGCGGUGAGCUCGCUACUUGGCGUCAUCCGCAAUGAGGCGCUGCUGCUGGGCCGUGUCCGGCACGACGUGCAGUUCAUCCGUGAGGAGAUGGAGAGCAUGCAGAGCUUCUUGACGCAUUUGUCAAAGAAGGCGCCUGCCCGCGGCGAGCACGACGAGCAGAUCCGCACGUGGAUGAACCAGGUCCGGCUGCUUGCCCAGGACAGCAACAACUGCAUCGAUAUGUACCUGUACCGCGGCAACCCCGACCUUCAUCUCGCCAGGGGCGGCAUCCAGCGCUACGUCGCGUGGCUGCCCUGGUUCGUGCACAAGAUGAUCGCGCAGCACCGGGCGGCCACCCAGCUGCGGACACUCAGGGAACGGGCCCGUGACAUCGGUGAACGGCGAUUGAGAUACGGUGUUGAAGUCCCAGCGAAAGGGGCGGGAGCAGAGCAGUCGCCUGGAGGGGCUGGGCUCACGCCAGCAGCGGCAUCAUCGUCAUCAUUGCAUGUGGCCACAUGGUCAGCUGCUUCCGGAGAUGAAGAAGAAGACAGUGGCGAACAACUCAUGGUGGCAACGGCAGCGGCUGAUCAUUCUGCUUUGAGAGGAGCAUUUUUCGAGCCUCGUAGGCCAGAGGACAACGUUAGGCUUAACCUAUCUCAAUGGAUAAAGAAUGUUGAGCAACGAAACACUAAUACGGUGAAACCAAUACCAUCCAUCGGCAUUGUGGCACCGGAUGAGCAAGAAACCAGUGCUAUUGCAGCUGAAGCAACGGUUUUAUGGGGAAAACAUCACGUCUUGGUUGACAUCCCAGCAGUGCACUUCUUCCAUAAUUCGCUAAGAGCCCGGGACAUUGUCUACUACAUCCUACGGGAGCUGCAGUCUGCCGAACUCCAACCGCAACAACAGAAAGGUCAAGUCGUGGGAGAGAAGAAACUGGAUACUGAAGAAAUAAAAAGUGCCAUUAGAUCAGAAAAACAGAAGCUGUUUACUGAAAUCACCAAAAAUAUCAAAGGAAUGAGGAUUUUGGAGAAGAUUUCAAAAAUCAAGAAAACUAUUGAACAAAUGAAAGAAGGCCAGCUGCAGCUCAACCAAAUGAAUGAAGACCAGCAGGGCAUGCUGGACUCUGUUAAAGAUGAACCCUUAGGGGUACUCCUCCGAGCUUUGUGGCAGCUCAAGCCCAAGCAAAAUGAUGGUGCGCCUGCUACCAAACAAAGCCAUGAAAAGAAGGAAGCCACAUGUUCAGAAAAGAAGGAAGCCACACGUUCACAGAGAAAGAAGGCAACAUAUUCACAUGAUGAUAUCAUUAAUGAAACAGCCAAGAAGCUUAAAGAACAUAUGGAAGAAGAUGCAGAUGAAAAACCUAAGCCUAAAGAGCACAUGCAAGAAGUUGAAAAAUUGAAGCCUAAAGAGCAAAUGGAAGAAGAUGAAAAACUGAAGCCUAAAGAGCACAUGGAAGAUCAAGCAUCCCUGAAGCCGAUUCGUCUUGAGGAAGGGCAUUAUGCACACAUCCUAUGGGAGGUGUUCCCUCCAGUGAUCCGGGAGCAAGACUCCAAGCAAGCCACCGCAACUGGCACUAGUAUUAUGACUGAGGAGCCAUUCAAAGAAAUAAUCCGCAAAAUUAUGCAGGAGGUGCAGGAAGACAACUCCAUCGGCAAACUAGAUAUAUCUGAUGGCAAACCAAGCCAGGAUUGUAUCCCCGAUUUUCUUAUUGAAGAAUCCAUACAAAAGAUUGAAGAAAUCCAUUGGAAGAUAGAACAAGAGCUCCUGCUUAUCAAAGGGAUCAUGGAUAGAUUCAGUAACUUUUUGGAGAGAUACCAUCAGAUCCUGGUUAUACUCAAACUAGAUAAUGACUGGGUAUCCGGAUGGGAGGAGACAAAAAAUGCUUUCAGCAUGCUUGGUUGCAUAGCCGGUGCACUGAUGUUGACCUUCGAAGAAAACAGAAAUGAAGCCAAAGAAUAUUGUUGCCCGCCUCAGGAGCCUAUAGACUAUUCUCUUAUUUGCCUCUACCGUGAUACUGCACUCGAGCUUACAAAGCAACACAUGCAACAAGAUAGCACCCAAAUUCUUCUUGGCAUCUUGGACAAGUGUAAGCAAAAUGAAUUCUGCAUGAAGAUCUUCAUCCAUGCUUUGAACGCCAACCCCAAAAGGAGCAAGGAAGAGCUAAGCAAGUUGGACAACACCCUGCAGCAGGUUCCAUACAACUCAUUGGACAACCUUGCUAACAAGAUGUUCAAGUUCUCUUAUAGUGAUUUGCCUAAUGAAUACAAGUCCUGCUUGCUGUACCUAGCUAUUUUCCCUCGGCGACAACAUAUCAGGCGGUCAACCUUGAUAGGACGGUGGGUUGUAGAAGGGCUCAUUACCAAGGAAGACUGGGCCAGUUCUGUCCGUCAUGCCAAUCGAUGUUUUGAUGUGCUCGUCAAUCGCUGGCUUAUUUAUCCUGUUGAUAUUGGUGCUACAGGAAAGAUAAAGAGUUUUGUGAUUGGUGAUCUAAUUCAUGCAUUCAUUACCAAGAUUGCCAGGAAACGGCGCAUUGUGGAAACACGCCUCUCACAUCACUUGGCUCACUACUUCUCCAUUUUCAACGAUCUCCGACUGCGCGGCUCUGAUAGAAUCGACAGAUUUUUUGAAAAGCUCUACGAAGAAUCUUCUCGAGUAUCCCUGAUCAAGGUGCUAGAUCUCGAAGGUUGUCAAUGCUUUGGUGGGAAGAACCAGCGUUAUCUCAAGGACAUCUUUAGCACAAUGUUACUGCUAAAGUAUCUGAGUCUGAGGGGAACAAAUGUGACCCAGCUUCCCAGUGAAAUCAACAACCUCCGUGAGCUGGAAGUAUUGGAUAUCCGAGAGACCAAUGUGCCUGCAGAUGCAACAGUAAAUGUCCUACUCCUGAAGUUGAAGCGUUUGCUGGCCGGUCAUGUUGUUCUGAACUCAGGGGCAAGCAGUACUGAACUAUCUAGUGUUGAGGUCCCUGACAAGAUUGAAAAAAUGUUAAACAUGGAGGUAUUGUCCAAUGUCAAGGCACGAAAUAGACAAGAUUUGAAAGAUAUUGGAAAGUUGUGGCAGCUGAGGAAGCUUGGUGUGGUUAUUGAACAUAAGGACUCACACAUCAGGAAUGUGCUUCGAGCUAUCAGUGACCUGCAUGACUGCCUCCGGUCUCUGUCAAUCACUCUUCCCGUAACAGAACAUGACCAUUCCAACAAUGAAGAAUUUACACCUAAUGAUCUCAAAUACAUGGUACACCCUCCCAAGCUUCUUGAGAGCCUAAGCAUUACUGGAACUACACAAAGGGGGCAACUUCUUCGACAGCUGACCAAUGGUAGUGAGGAACUCAAACUUGCCAAAGUAACUCUAACUAGAACCAAGCUGAAGCAAUCUGAUCUCGAGGUCCUCGCCAAGCUUCCCAACAUAGUCUGUCUUAGGCUCCGUGACAAGGCAUGCAUGGAUAGCAAGCUCACCUUCAGCAAGGAAGAAUUCAAAAAUCUCAAGUGCUUUCUUGUUGAGGAUCCCAACAUAACUGAGAUCAACUUUAAAGGUGGAGCUCUUAAACUUGAGAAGAUCAUUCUGUCCUCCACUCAUGGCCUGCAGUCUCUUCCUGGAGUCAAAGGCCUACCGGAACUAAAGGAAGUCGAGUUGAAGAAUGGCAAUAAGCUUUCAUUAUUUGAAAAGGCCAAAAACAUAUCCAAGGUGACAUUUCUUUGUACCACUCUCAUUGAAGAUGAGGUACAAAUUAUCGCCAAGACGACAAGCAUCCGCUGCCUAGUACUCAAGGAGAAUUUGUAUGCCGAAAACAAUCUUACUUUCAAGAAAGACAACUUACCAUUGCUCAAUCUUCUUAUCAUCGACUUUUCUGUCACCACCAAGAUCAGUUUCGAUGAUGGGUCUGCUCCCAAGCUCGAGAAAAUUGUGUGCUCCUUCACUGCGAAGCUCGAGAAAAUUGACCGCUCCUUCACCAAGGAAACGGUGGGUACUCUCAACAUCUCCGGCAUUGACAAACUUCCAAAACUUAAGGAGCUCGAGUUCAAUGGUGAUUUUGUCCCCGGUGAGUUGGAGGAAGCAGUGAAGAAACACAAGAACAAUCCCAAGCUUAUACACAACAAACUAGAAAAACAAUACCAAGAAGCGGGAAACAUAGCAGAAAAGAAAGAUGCUCGAAGAUUCCCAUUAUUCUGGAAGAAAUAGGAUUGAGGAACGCUUCCUGUCAUCCAUUCAUCAUUUACUCCCAUCCCAUGGUGUGGUUUGUGUGUGCUCUUUGGUUUGCCAUUGUGUGUUUCCUCUGUCCACUGCGCAUGCGUGGGCAUGUAUAUUGUACUCCCUCGGUGAAGAAAUAUAAGAGUGUUUAGAUCACUACUUUACUGAUCUAAACACCCUUAUAUUCCUUUACAGAGGGAGUACAUCUAUGUAUCUGGAUUGAAAGUGUAUGUCCCUGCUACUUAUUCUACGUGUGUGUGUUUUGUAACUAAAGAUUGAGCCUACGUAAUGGUGUGUACAUGUGUGGCUUGUAAGGCUGUAACUAAGAUUGGGCAUAUGUAAAGGUGUGAGGUGUGUACAUGUGUGCCCUGUAACUAAGAAUA